AUGGCAAACAAAAACACCGAGUGCUAUUGAGAUUAAUGUUCAUACAUCGUGGCUCUGUUAAUUUUCGUAUUGGUUAACGUAAUUGUAAUGAUGAUGAACGGACAAAAGGUUUCGAUCGCCUGUGUUUGGCUAUUUCAAUGGAGGUGGAUUUCGAAAUCGGAGCACUUGUGUCAGAUGUCGACAGGACAGACACACUAUGUUUGCCAGGACAGAAUUUAACGUUGUGUGACAUUCAAUACGUAAUUUAGAAUUUGUCUACAUAAUUUAUUUUGACACCGUUAUGACUGCGAUGUUUCCAAAACGUGUAUUUGUCUUCGCCUUCACCGUUGCUGUACUGCAAAACUCCAUCGAUGCAUUCGAACUGAACAUAGCGGUUCUGCCAGAAUGGAAAACGAUCAUAACACCAUCAUUAACAUUGCGACAGCUUGGCCUUACAUCCUUCAACAUGAACACAUUUGAUAUCGGCAGCACCAGGUCCGACUACGACAAAAUUAAAAAAGCCAUUCAGAUGCUCAAAGAACAUAACACACACGCCAUUAUUGGACCGUUCUAUGAACCAAUUUCUCUAGCAACCGAAUCGUUAAACGUGACAUACCUAGCGACAACGGAAGUGACGUCAGAUGAGUUGAAUGCUACGUUCCAGAUGCUUCCACGCCUGGAUGAUUUUUCAGAAGCUAUCCUGGAUCUAGUCAAACAGUAUGCAUGGGAUGACGUCAGCAUAUUCUUUGACGAUAAGAAAGGAAUUUCCAUUGUCGAGAAACUAUUGACAAAUCAUGAAUUGAUGAUCAAGUCUUGGCGAUUAGAAGCUCAUACGUCUGAAAAGGAAGUGAGGGACCAUCUGGUACACAUGCGCAGAGUCUUCAUGAAACGUUCUAUUGUCUUCUGCAGAAAAGAGAACAUUCACAUUCUUCUUGAAACGGCUCGAUCUUUGGCGAUGCUGUCAACACCUUACGAAUGGCUCUUCUACGAUCCUGGAGACCAGUUGGUCGACAUAUUCGAGCUCUAUCCGGACAUCCAUGUCAACUUCACAGUAUUCAGCCUCAUACCAUUCAACUCGAGCGUCCAGAGGACUUGGCUCGAUAAAGGAGGGUUCAACAUGACGCUUGCACAAGACACUCUGGCUAUACUAAGAGACGCUGUUGCGUUAAUACCUUUUGAUAACGCAACAACUGAAACAGUCAGGAAUGCUAUUCUUGAACGGGUUUCUGGCGUUCAGCUGCCGGGCAACUCGGGUUUUCUCCAAUUUGACCACCAAGGAAAACGAUCCAAUUUUAGCAUCAUUCUCACAGAACUGUCUGGGUACUCAGCCAACAACUCGGGAAUGACAGCUUACCAGAUCGGACGAUGGUUUUCAGAUUCACCUCGGUUCAUGUCAAGACUUCAUAUCCGAGACAGACUUGGUAUAGGGAACAGCACCUCGCCUUUCCCCUUGGUCGGCAGAACUGCGAAGGUUGUCACUAUACUGGAGAAACCGUUUUGCAUGUUGAAGAGAGACUACAAGGUUCGUGUUGGAAAUGACAAGUACGAGGGGUUUGCAGUGGACCUCAUACAGGAAGUUGCUGACAUGCUUAAGUUCAACUACGAGAUUUACCUCGUGCACGAUGGGAAAUUUGGCUCCAAAUUGGCCGACGGUAACUGGAACGGAAUGAUUGGUGAACUCCUAUCUGGGAACGCGACGAUGUCAGUAGCUCCUUUAAGCAUCAACUCGCUGCGAGAGGAGGCUGUCGAUUUUACCAAACCUUUUAUGACUCGUUACAUAAGCGUUCUAAUGAAAGUUCCCCGAUCUACCACUUCAUAUUUUGAGUUCCUCAAUCCGUUACAUCCUGUAGUUUGGUUCUGUACUCUAGGUGCCUUUGUGUUUGUUAGUAUUGUUUUGUAUAUAUUAGAGCGGAUAGGAAACGUCAACAGAAAGGAGUGCCCAUCUAUCAGCUUUAAAGAGAGUUUUUGGUUUGUAUUUGGUUCUCUUUUACAAGGCAGCACUGAUGCGACUCCUUCCACACUUCCAGGAAGAAUAUUAACAUCCUCCUGGUGGUUCUUCGCUUUAAUUCUCAUUUCAUCUUACACGGCUAAUUUGGCUGCCUUCCUAACUGUUAAGAAAAUUAAUACCCCAAUUAAGACAGUGACUGAUUUGGCUUCGCAGACUAAGAUUAAAUACGGAACGGUUCAGAGCAGUGGGAUAAUGGAAUUCUUCAAGAACACCGAUAUCGAGCAUUUCUCAAAAAUGUGGGCACAGAUGUCGGAAAUUGAACCGUCCUCAAUGGUAGCGAACACAGAAGAAGGGUUUAAAAAAAUCAAGGAAGGCAACUAUGCGUUCUUCUGGGACACAACUGUAAAUAAAUACAAAACGAUUGAAGACUGUGACUUUAUGGAAGUGGGGCCACCGUUUGACCCAAAGGGGUUUGGUAUCGGGGUCCCACCUGGCGCCACAUAUAGGGACGAGCUGUCCAUGGCGAUAUUAAGGCUCAGCGACACUGGGAGACUUCAUGAGCUUGAAAAUGAAUGGUGGGGACGGCGAAACUGCCCAGAUUUUGGUAAACCAUCAACGGACGAAACCUCGGAGCUACAAAUAGAAAAUGUCGCCGGUGUCUUCUUUAUUCUUGUCGGCGGGGUAGCAGUAGCAGCUGUUGUGUGCCUUGGAGAGUAUUUUGCAAAACAGAUAUCUAACAGUGUCAAAAAGCAAAAACGGUCACUGAAUAUCUCACAGCAAAGAGAGGGCUCUAGUUCGAGGUUCUCUGGUCGCCAUGGAUAUUCUGCAAACAAUUGGACGAACACAUAAUACUGAUGAACCGAGUGAAUGAUGCAAUAAUAUUGAUCUAAUUAUAUUAAUCAUUUUUCCGUACUUUCUUAUCUUUAUGUGAUGCGGAUCAAACGUUAUCUAUUAAAUGGAAUUGCAUGGUUUGCAUGUUUUAUUGUAAGCUGCCAACAGGUUUUGUAAUGUUAAAUGUCUUCCAUUGCAUCUCAAUGAAAUGAAAUACAUAAUUCGCGGAAACCAUUAUUACAUUAUAUGUAUGUUACAAGUUAAUAAACAAUUCUCCACAGAAAGUAACAUGACACAGUUACCCAUUGGUUGUGUUAAUUUUAAAUAAAUUCGCCAUGUAUUUUGUAUAAUGCGUGUCGGCAAUCUUUAUUUCGCGUCAUGCUUAAUUAUAUUUGAAUUAAAAUAAAAUGACCUUGCUAAUACCGUUAAUCAAGGCGAAUAUCGGCAAUCAACAAACAGUUUUUGAGAGGGAUUGGGAAUGCCCUUGCCAAACCUCUGUUCCGCCUGAAAGAUCGCCCAACCAUAAACAUUGACCAGUGCCUCAUUAUUUGCUCCUAUGACUGCGAUAAAGAUGCAAAGUUAAAGUUUAUUUUGAAUAAUUAAUUACGUGGCAAUUUAAGUGAAAAUACAUUCGCCCCGUUCCCUCCUCUCAAAUGCCCUAACCCUUUUGUCAGUGAGAUGCCCUUCCAUACACAUGUAGUUAUCAAUAUUACUUUAAGUUAAUGUUGAUAAUCUCUAGUCUCUGAUUUUAGUGAUACAUGAAGCUAAAACACUCAUAAUUAUUAUUUUUAAAUCAUUGUUAAAAAGUCGUACAACGCAUGGAUGUUUUGUAAAUAAUCAAUGCUAUGAUUUGUAUGGUGCACAAAUCUUUUAUUUAUCAGUUUUUGAACAACUUGAAAGACCUUUAUGAACUUGCAAAUACUAUCAAUUUCUUGUUGAUAUUGUGGAUUCAGGAAAAAAAGUAUUACUUACUAAUAUUGUUUAAAUGUUUUACCUUUUCCUAUCCCUUUUAACUUUGGAUAUUUUGUUUCAGUUUAAAGAUAUUAUGAUUGUUUCUUUUAUAAUGAAAAUGGCUGGAUCUUUCGGCAGUUUACCAUCAACUUCUUUGUAAAAUUAAUUACCAUUUCAGAUUUAAACCUCACAUUGUAAAGUAGUUUAAAUUUAUGAAACAGGAAAUAUUUUUUUUAUUGGUGGAUCCUCGGUUGAUAACCACCUUUCGUUAAAUGAAUAUUUGAAAUAAGAUCCUAUAAUUUUGUGACGCGGCUAACAUUUUCAGUUCAACGUAAUGAUUAAGCUCAUUCAUUCUGCAUGCGUUUUCUUGUCAUUAU